AUGGGGCUCGGGAAGAGUCUGGCGCUGUUGGUCACGUUGGCGGCUGCGCUGGCGGCUGCGGAAUCGCUGUCAGAUCAUUGCAACUCUCCUAAGACAGUGGGUCCAUGCCGGGCUGCCUUCCACCGGUGGUGGUACAAUGCCACCAGUCAGAUGUGCCAGGAAUUCAUUUUUGGGGGCUGUAGAGGCAACCUCAACAACUUCUUUUCAGAACAGGACUGCCUCCAGACAUGUGUUCCGGUGACAGCAACAGAAUCUGAUCUGCCGGAAGAACCAGGAGCUGACUGUGGGAGCCCUCUGGAGCACCAUGGAUGACAAGGAGUACCUGAUGAGCAACNUGGCUUUGGAGAGUCCUGUGCUGGGCCCCGAGUGGUGGGUCCCUGCCGUGCCUCCUUCCCACGCUGGUACUUCGACAUAAGCACAGGCGUGUGCAAGAGAUUCAUCUAUGGUGGCUGCCAUGGCAACAAGAAUAACUACCUCUCGGAGGAGCACUGCAGGAGCCAGUGCACAGGCCACCGAGAGAGAACGGAAGAGGCCGAAGGCCCAGACACACACUCUCGCCUCCCCUCCGAGCCCCUUGGCUUUUCCAGCAGAGCUGUGGUGCUUGCCGCCCUCCUGGCCAUUGUGGCUGCCCUACUGCUGGGCUCCAUGGUUGCCUUCUUUCUCAAGAUCUGCCGGAAGAACCAGGAGCUGACUGUGGGAGCCCUCUGGAGCACCAUGGAUGACAAGGAGUACCUGAUGAGCAACAGCUACUCUCUCUGA